UGCUCUCUCUCUCUCUCUCUCUCUCCCUCCCUCUCCCACACGUCUGCCAUGAAACAACCCUCUCUUUCUCGUCGCCGAAGACCCACUUUAUUAAAGAAACUCAAGCUCGUGUGCAGCUUUGACGGAGCAUUUCAGCGGCGGCCACCCUCCGGCGAGCUCCGUUACGUCGGCGGCGAGACGCGCAUCGUCUCCGUCGAUCGGAACAUCGGAUUCUUGCGGCUCAGAUCAAAGAUAUCGGAGCUUUGCCCCUGGAAACCUUUCUUUUCUCUCAAAUACCAACUUCCUGAAUCCGAAGACACUCCUCUGGUGUCGGUCGCCUCAGACGACGACGUACGGUGCAUGGUCGAGGAGUUCGACAAGCUUGAGUUGUACGGUAAGCCCCCGAGGCUCUGGGUCUUUGUGUGUUACGAUAAUGAUGCGCUUGUUAAUGGGACCACUGAUAUAUCUUUGAAAUUUAUUGAAAUUCGCGAUAGUUUGAAUACAAAUGUUGAGGGGUUUUGUGGAAAAAAUGGGAUUAAUGGCCGUAGAAGAAUGAGUUCUGCGCGGAGUGUUGGUGGGUUGGGUGAGAAUUUGUGUGAAAAUGGAAAUGAGUCCCAAAUUUGUGCAACCCAUAUUUGUAAAGUUGAGGGUAAUGCUAGGGAAGCCAAGAAUCUCUCUACUGGAAUCGCUGGAGUUCGACAGGGUGAUGAAUUUUCACUGAGAAGAAUGGUUUUGAAACAACAAUUCUUGUCAAAUCAAUCGAAGCAAACCCAUAGAUUUUGUGGCAAAACAAAUUUAGAUGCCUUUGGAAAUGGCGGGGAAUUUACAAAUGGUGAUGAAAUCCAAGAACGGCCACUUGUUGAUUUAUCCUCUGAACCACAAGUUUCAAUGACGUAUGGUGCCACUAAUCAGAGUUUUGAGGGAACUUAUAGGAACGCCCAUUUACCGGGAAGUCAAAAUUCGGGUAAUUUGGUUCAAUUUCCGGCAUCUCCCUGGCUUCCGCUAAAUCCAAGGGAUGGAAAUUUACACGUCGGAGCAUAUAGUUCCGCACAGUACUCGCCGGAGUGGUCUAAUCAAGUGCUGGAUAAUUGGGCUGGAAUUAAGGAUGGGAGCAUGAAAGGUUCUGUUGCAGCGGGGCAGUUCCCAAAGCAAUCACAUAAUAUGAGUACGAUCUCGACUCCUACUGGUUGUAUUGCUAAGAAUAGUUUGAGAAAUGCUCAGCAAGCAUGGCUUACUAAUGUGAACAGGGAGAACAUUAUGCCAUGGCCAACCAAUUGCAGUUUGGUGAAAAGUCCCUUAGCUCCACCUUUCUGCCACAAUCACUUUGUUGGAAGUGCCCAUCCACAGAAACCUCAAUGUACCGUUGAUGGAAUGUGGGGCAGUGUUCAAAGUGGCAUCCGCAACCAUCGUUUUGGGGUAAGUGAUGCCAGAAAUCAGAGAAUUUGUUCAUACUACAUGCGAAACCAUCGGAAUAAUCUGGAUGAGAUUGGGAAUACUCGAAGUAUUAGAUUGGAUGGAAGGCCUGUUUUGGGAAAAUGCCAUUCAGGACUGAGACCUAGCUCAAACAUAUCAAAACAGGGUCUUUCAUUGAGAUUUUAUCACCCCAACUCAUGGAAGGCAUGGUACAAUGCCCAUGACCGAACAUCAGAAGGAAAGAUGGGGGUGGUGGAUUCUAGUGUAAAAAUUCAACAAAUGACUUCAUUAAAUGUCCAAUGUAGUUACAGAACCUUAAGAAAAUCAGUAGGCCUGGAAAUUCCGCAACAUGGAGAGACAAAUUCCGUAGAAUAUCAUUUGACUAAUCAUGGUGCAUGUGCAAGUAUGGGUGUCCAGUCUCCCUUGCCUUGUCAUGGUUUUGAGAACUCUUCACCGCAUGUAAGGGCAAUGAACACUCAGGCAGAUCUCUUGACUGGUUCCAGUGAUAAGGUGCAUAAUGUUCCAUACCAGGGUCACUGUGGGAGCCUGCAUGGAGUGCCUAUGAUAAAUUGCAAGCCUAUUAACUGUGCUAUGAAGAAGGAACCACACCUGAUGAACCCACAGGAUGUCAUCAAUGCGUUUGAUCAGUCAAUUGAUUUAACUUCUUGCAAUAUUACAGAAUCGGGGUGUAAGGGUAAGUUGUUAGAUAUGGAAGCGGGUAUCAAAUCAGCAAUAAAUCAUCAUACUGGCACCCAUGCUUUAAAAGGUGAUGCUGCUUCUUCCGUGGAUGUUUCUUUGUACAACCUUUCAUUGUCCGUGUCUAAAAAAGAAGUGGAACCUCAAGCCCUUUCUAUUCUUGCUGACCCUACUGAGAAAAUGCUGAAACCCCAACCUAAUCUUUUAGAUCUCAUGGAUGAAGGGCAUCCAAGCCCUGGCCCACAAGUUGAAAUUUUGAAUGCGGUUUCACAUAAUUUUACCUCUCAAACUGAAGCUAAAUUGAGAACACACCUUGACCAGGAAGACCACCAACAGGAAUGCUCAACAAGUUUAAGCAUCAACAAAAAGGUUGACAAUAGAGAAAUUCAGAAAUGCUUUAAGAUAAUUGACGGAAUUCCUAGUGACCUUGCUGCAUUUUAUACUCAUCUAGCUACUAGAGAGUUACAGGCUAUUAAAAACUCUGACCUUGAAUAUAUAAAAGAACUUGGUUCGGGUACAUAUGGGACUGUUUUCUAUGGAAAAUGGAAGGGAUCUGAUGUUGCUAUUAAAACAAUAAAACCAAGCCGCUUCACUGAUGAUGCAGCAGAGGAAGAUCGAUUGGUUGCAGACUUCUGGAAGGAAGCUAACAUAUUGGGUCAACUUCAUCAUCCAAAUAUUGUGGCACUCUAUGGAGUCGUGAGCGAUGGACCUGUGAAGAAUUUGGCCACAGUGACCGAGUACAUGGUCAAUGGUUCUCUCAAUCAAGUUCUGCAGAGAAAAGAUAGAACUAUUGAUCGUCGGAAGAGGUUAAUAAUAGCAAUGGAUGCAGCCUUUGGUAUGGAAUACCUACAUGAGAAGAACAUAGUCCACUUUGAUUUAAAAUCUCACAACUUCCUUGUAAAUAUGAAGGACCCUCAGCGACCCGUGUGCAAGAUUGGUGAUCUAGGCUUGUCAAAAAUUAAACAGAAGACACUCAUCUCUGGUGGUGUUCGAGGGACUAUACCAUGGAUGGCUCCAGAGCUUUUGAAUAGUAACAUCUACUUGGUAACGGAGAAGAUCGAUGUCUACUCCUUUGGAAUUGUUAUGUGGGAACUCUUGACUGGGGAGGAACCCUACAAAAACAUGCGUUCAGAGGAAAUAAUAGCUGGUAUAAUCAAAGGCAAUCUGCGACCUGAAAUCCCGGGCUGGUGUGACCCUGCUUGGAGAUCGCUAAUGGAGAGGUGCUGGUCGUCUGAUCCCAACUCUAGGCCAGCCUUCUCGGAAAUUGCAAAGGAGCUGCGUUCCAUGUCAGCAGCCAUGAAUAUCAAGUGACGACAGACAUCAUCAAGGCGUCAUUUGUGUGAAUAUAUGUAUAUAUAGGUGGCGGGAACAGAGACAUGGUGAGACGUGUUAGGCUUGCCGUCCACUGUCGUGUUCAUUCGAUCGGAACGUAAUCCCUUGUGUUGGUGAGAAAGCCAAGCCAGGUGAGGUUUUUUUUUUUUCGUGCUCACCUGUGUGAGAUGAUGAAUGUAUAGGCUGUAGGCAGAGACUGGUGUGCAUGCAAAAGAAUUGGUAGGGGGAAAAGAAAGAACUGGAAUGGGCUUGUAAUUUUUCUUUCCGUUUGCUGCUUGCAAAUGGUCAUUCCUCGUUGUUGGCGGCGAUGCUUCUUU